AGAACAAUUCUCUGCUAUCUCGUGUAUGGUUAACCCAUCAUGGCAACGAAACCUUCAAUGAGUAAUACCAUUAGGGCAAGUCAUCGUUUACUGACCAGAAGCUCAGUUGCGUUACCGAACCCUCCUAGAAUCGACCAUCUACAAUACAUUCCCCGUGGCUUACGGCAAGCCAGCACGACCACCCAAAAUGGCCGUAAAAAGGAGAGAGUGGUGAUUCUGGGUUCUGGAUGGGCUGGCUAUGGCUUCGCUCGCAGUCUCGACCCUAAGAAAUAUGAGCGUAUCAUGAUUUCUCCUCGAUCAUACUUCGUCUUUACGCCUUUACUUGCAGGUACUGCGGUCGGCACUUUAGAAUUCCGUGCUGUCGCAGAGCCUGUCAGGAGACUCGGUCUAGAUCAGUUUCAUCAGGGGUGGGCCGACGAUAUUGACUUUGCGCGUAAAGUUAUCCGCGUAGAGGCUAAUACAUCAGACGAUAUCGCCUCGAGAACCCGCCUGGCUAUUAAGCAUCGUCCUGACAGCGCCGAUAAAGGCGCCCUAUUCGACGUCGAGUAUGACAAACUAGUCAUUGCCGUCGGUUCGUACAGUCAGACGUUCGGUAUUGAGGGUGUGCGAGAGCACGCUAAUUUCUUACGGGAUAUCGGCGACGCUAGGAAGAUCCGGAUGAAGGUGCUGCAGAACUUCGAAAAGGCGGCGCUCCCAAUUACGUCCGACGAAGACCGGAAGAAGCUACUCCAUUUCGCGAUUGUAGGGGGCGGUCCGACCGGUAUAGAGUAUGCCGCCGAGCUACACGACUUAAUACGAGACGACCUAACAAACACCUACCCGGAUCUAAUGAAAUUCGUCAGUAUUACUGUGUACGAUGUGGCACCGAAAGUACUCCCGAUGUUCGACAAGACCCUAGCCGACUAUGCUAUGGACCGGUUCAACCGCGAGGGUAUCAAAGUGAAGACGGAACACCACUUGACACGCGUCCGGCCCGACGAGGACUGUGAGGGUUGUCUGAAACUAAAGAUCAGGGAGUGCGGCGAAAAGGAGAUCGGUGCUGGCAUCGUGGUAUGGAGCACGGGGCUGAUGCAGAACCCACUCAUCCAGAAAUUGGAGAGCAAAGUCUUUAAAAUGCCGGGUUCGGAUGCUGAUAUGCAGCUGCAGAAGGACGCGAAGACGGGUGGUAUUACUAUAGAUGCGAAUCUCCGCGUGAAUAUGAUUCCACAUGCUGCCACAUUGGAGUCGGUUCCUACUCAAGGGCAAAAGGCCACCCUAUUACCUGACGUUUACGGUAUUGGCGACUGUACGGUAAUUCCAGGGAUGAGUCUACCCGCUACGGCGCAAGUUGCUAGCCAGCAAGCAGCGCAUCUCGCGAGGAGGUUGAACAAGGGCGACGUAGAUCAGAAACCCUUCGAGUUCCGCAAUUGGGGUACCAUGACCUAUCUCGGCAGCUGGACGGCUAUUCACCAGAGCGGUGCCGACGAGUUAAAGGGCUGGAUGGCCUGGGUCCUAUGGCGUACCGCGUACCUGACACGAAGCAUGAGCAUUAGGAACAAGAUCACGGUACCGUUUUAUUGGGCUAUGUCGUGGAUAUUCGGGCGGGAUAUUUCUAGGUUCUAGGAAACCUCUUGUGGAGACUGCCCCCCUUGAUUCCUUUUUCUACUAUAUCAUACACCCUUAUCUCCCCUUGUAACAAUAGCAUAGAAACAUUAGACUUGGGGAACGGAUUUGUUCGGGACUAACAUAGAUCUUAUGGGUUGUAUAAUACCAGGCUGUUACUAGUAGAAUGCAUAUUUGGUCUAGAUUGGGGCGGAGGGUUCUUGGGAAAAGCAGGUAACCGGCGAAACAACUAGAUUCAUUCAAUAUAGAUCCAUGACACAUAUUAUACCACAACCGUUAAGAGACCUGAUUUUAAGAGAAGAU